ACUCCUGUCUCCACGUGGUUUGAGCGUGUCUCCAUGCUGGCUAUUCUUCUGAACUGUGUGACGUUGGGAAUGUUCCAGCCCUGUGACGACGUUCACUGUCUCAACAACCGCUGCUCUUUCCUACAGGCUCUGGAUGACGGUAUCUUUGUGUUCUUUGCGGUGGAGAUGCUGGUGAAGAUGGUGGCUCUGGGUGUUCUAGGUCAGAAGGGUUACCUUGGCGACACCUGGAACAGACUGGACUUCUUCAUCGUUAUCAUCGGGAUGUUGGAGUAUUCUCUAGACGGACACAACGUCAGCCUAUCAGCCAUCAGGACUGUCAGGGUGCUCCGCCCACUACGAGCCAUCAACAGAGUACCCAGUAUGCGUAUCCUGGUGACUCUGCUCCUAGACACUCUCCCCAUGCUGGGGAACGUUCUGGCACUCUGUUUCUUCGUCUUCUUCAUCUUCGGCAUCGUGGGCGUGCAGCUGUGGGCGGGGCUACUGAGGAACAGGUGCUUCAUGGGAGAAGACUUCAAAACGAUAUACAACGUCUCCUUCCUGACUGUGUACUAUCGUCCCGAGGAGACGGAGGACAUCCCUUUUAUCUGCUCAACCAAUCGGGAGAACGGAAUGCUGCGGUGUUCCGACGUUCGCGCGCCGAGUGGAAGGGUCCUGGUGCAUGCUGGGGGCAGAAGGGGCGGGUGUGUGAACUGGUACCAGUAUUAUAAUGUCUGUCGGGCUGGGGAGCGAAACCCCCAUAAAGGAGCCAUCAACUUUGACAACAUCGGAUACGCCUGGAUCGCUAUCUUUCAGGUGAUAACUCUGGAAGGCUGGGUGGACAUCAUGUACUAUGUAAUGGAUGCUCACUCCUUCUACAACUUCAUCUACUUUAUAUUCCUCAUCAUCGUGGGCUCGUUCUUCAUGCUGAACCUGUGCCUGGUCGUCAUAGCGACCCAGUUCUCAGAGACAAAGCAACGCGAGAACGCCCUGAUGAGGUCGGAGCAGCGUGCCCGUUACCUCAGCAACGCCUCCACUCUGGCUUCCUAUCAGGAGCCGGGGUCCUGCUACGAGGAGAUACUGCGCUACAUCGGACACCUGUACCGUAAACUGACCCGCAGAGUCGCCCGGGCCGUCACACACUGCUCUACGCACACACCUCGCUGUACUUGUUGGGACACACACACACCAACACACACCCAAAGGAGAGGUGAACGGAAUGGCCAAUCGGCAUUGGGACACACCCAUGGCGUCUUCCACCUUCGUCCUCCUCCUCUUCCUCGUCCGCCUAACUGCGUGGGGGUGGAGAUGAGUAACGGGGGAGUAGGGAGGAAGGGCAGGGAGUUAAACUACCCCUCUAUCUACCCCCACGACCUUUACGACCUGACCCCCGACCCCAGCUACAUGACCUCCAGGGGGAGGGGCCACACCGUCACACUGGUGUUAGAGCCCAAUAAGAAGGCAGAGCACAGGGAGUCGUUGCCGUGCCCCUACUGCGUCCACGACGACCAGCUUUGUGACAACGACCGCGCCGAUUUUGAACCUAGCGACCGGCGCCAUGGCAACCUGAGCCCUCGCCGCGGUAACAGCCUUCGGCGUGUAGAUGGACAGGCCUUGAGGCCAAUCAGAGUCCUAGUUGGGUGGUGGGCGGAGCUACAGGCCAGGUUGGAGCAUCCCCAGGAGCUGACUGACAUCCUAGAGAUCAGUAAUCUAGUGUUCACCAGUCUCUUCAGUCUGGAGAUGCUGCUGAAGCUGCUGUCCUUCGGACUCUUCGGCUAUAUCAAGAACCCGUACAACGGCUUUGACCCGUCAUCGUCAUCAUCAGGUUUGUGUCCGUGUUUCCAUGAACAUUUUUAA